UAAAACAUAGAUUAAAUAAUUAAUUUAUUCGACUUUAAAAAACAAAUUCCGUUGUUGUGAUUACAGGGCGACGAGUGUACAAUAAAAUUAAGUGAUAUAUGAAGUUAGUGUCUUUUAUGUGUAUUAUCUAUGAGUUAGUGGAAUUUUAAUUAUAAACAUGCAAUACGGCAUAAGUUGGAGUCUCCAUAAAAGCGAUUUAAGCAGCGGUCUUGCACAGCUACAGUUGAAUGAAGAAUUCGUUGAUAUGACACUUGCAGCUGAAGGCCAUUUAGUUAAAGUUCAUAAAAAUAUAGUGGCACUUGCUAGUCCAUAUAUUAAGGAAAUGAUGAAGGCAAUUCCAUCCCCUCACCCAAUUAUAUUCUUAAAUAAUGUUAGUCAUCAAGUAUUGAAAUACCUAUUGGAAUACAUUUACACAGGAGAAGUACAAGUGCCAAAUAAUGUGAUUAAUUCUUUCAUUGAAACGGCAAAAUCUCUUUGUAUAAAAGGAGUUGAACAAAUUUGGACUCCAGAAGUAAAUAAUGAUUACAACAAACAAAAUGAUUGUAGUGAGAUAUUCAGAGACCCAGUGGAAUCGUCAGUUCAGAACGAUAUUCCAUCUGGUACCUUAGAAAUACAGAAGCUAGAAAGUAAUGUUGCAGCCCAGAUAAGAAUCAGUGAUAGAAAUGUUUUUGAAAUAAUCCCAGUAACACAAAGUAAUGAAUUAAGAUCAAUAACUUCAAACAAUAUGCAAGCUGACAAAGAUUUCAAUGCAUUUAGCAAUAAUGAAAAUAUUAAUGAAGAAAUUGCUGAAUUUGAUCUAAUUAAUAUUAGCCAAUCAAAUUGUGAAAAUCCAGUGGAUUCACUUAAACAACCAAUUAAUGAAAGUUUUACGCCUAGCAUAUGUAUAACUUAUAAUAAUGAUGGCAACAACCAACCAACUACAGCUGAUAUUAGUAUUUCUGAAAUAGUACAGUCAGAGAGAAAGUCAUAUAGUCCCAUAACUGAUAUAUUAAAAGAAAAUAUCAAGGAUAUUAUCAAAGCGAGAGCUUUAACACCACUCUACACAAUAUCAAAUAGAGGGUCACUCCAGUUGAUGUUGAACCGAUACAUGUAUUGUUGUCACCACCAAUCAUUCAAAGGUAGAAAGCGGCGAUGGCGAUGUGUGGAUUAUCGGACAAAACACUGCAAAGCACUAGUGGACACUGAAGAUGAAACUAUUACAAGAAGGUCAGGCUGCCAUAAUCAUUCAUACCAUGACAGUAAAAUUGUAAAAAAAUAUAAAAAAUGUUAUGUUUACACUAAGAUAAAAGACGCUGAAGAUUCCUGUCUCAAGCAUGUAAAAAACUGAAAAAUGUUAAGGACCAUGUAUAUUGCUGACGCACUAAACUUCAUUAUUUGUAUAGCAAUAUGGCUGUUUUGGUAAACAUCGGCAAAUAUUGCGCAACCUACUGCUACUACUUCGUCACAAUCCAUUCAUAGUAGUAUUCUGAACAAUUUUCCUAUUUGCCGAUUCUGAACCUCUCAACUUCAAAGAUAUGAACAAGCGUUUGGACAUAUGGAGCAGUAAGCAGCAGUUUCGUAGUUGUCUUAACAUUGACAGUAUGAUUGUGAUUAAACGAAGAGGAUACCUUAAUGGCUCCUCUUCACAAUCGACCAUGAUGGGCCAACAAAUGAUCGUCCAUCAUCGCCGCCAUAAUCGGGCAACUCUCCACACAAUCGUGAACGUUCAUUUACUGACUGCCUACUGAUGUGUUAAGACGUCUAGAUAUCGAUGAUGGAAAUCGAGGAGAUCGCGGCCGCGGCAAUAUUUUUAGUUAGCUCAUAUAGUCAUUUGGUUAAUGUGCGCGAAAAAAGAAUCGUGAAAACGUUUUUUUUAAUUCCCUUGUAGACAGACGAGCAUACGGCCCACCUGAUGAUGAGUGGUUACCGUCGCCCAUGGAGAUCAGCAAUGCUAGGAGCAGAGCCAAGCCGCUGCCUACUUAUAAUGAUAAACAAGAUGGAGGAAGAGAAGGUGGUGGGUGGUGGCUAUCAAUCGGAACAAAACAAGGUCCACGCAACCAUAGUUUUGUAUUCGACACAAUUGACACACACUCGAGGCGACUACAUCCUGACUAAUCGGCGAUGGUGUGGACGCUCACACAAUCAUGAGCCAUCAUUCCUUUGAUCUACCGACACAACGCCGAUUGCGCACGAUCAUACGCGAUGAUGCCCGAUCGCAGACAUUUAUACCCUCUACACUAUCGUGAAUUUUUAUAAUCGCCCAUCAUGGCCGAUUGUGAAGAGGAACCAUAAGAUGUGCCGUAUUGUAAAGCAAUCGCAACAUUGUUCCGUUUAGAAACGUGGGGCUAUUCGAUUAGAAAUUUGACAAGGUUUCUGAUUUUGAUUAGUAAUUAAAUUAUGUCUAAUAUAAAAUGAUUAACAUUAAAUUAAACCACGAAAAUAAACUGCAAACCUACAGAAUAUGUAGGUACUGAAUAAGAAGAAUAGCCUCCAGAUAUUCAUCUUUCUGUACGAGUAUUGUUAACUAUAUGAAGUGUAAGAUUCAGAUUAAGUCUUCUACUCUCAUAUAACAAUAUUUUUACAUAAAUAAACAUUUGAUAUAG